AUGCUAAAUUGGAUCAAGAUUGAAUUCAAUCGCACUUAUGCGGUAGGCGACAGCCAAUGGUGUGCUCUCGUAUGGCACGUUGGUAGCGACAGAUUCCAUUAUUUUAACUUUGUGUGCGCCAUCAUACUGUUAAGAAAAGUAUUAAAUGGACCAAUCAGGUGCACGCUGACGUCCAUACAUGUCCAAACAUGCCCGUCCAUGCUGUCUUAA